CUCCAAUCAUUAGAGCACAUACACUGUUUAUUUAAAUAAUCAAUCUGCAAUGGAUCAGGACUCAGCUACUCCUGUACAUGAUGCUGUGCGGGACACUAUGUCUGAAAUAUCAACAAUCAGUGAUGGAGAAAGACUAGCUGAACUGCUAAAUCGUAUAAAAUAUUACCUUGGGGCGGAUGAAAACUCUGCCCCAGCCCACGAGAAAGCAGAGUUCACUAGGACACAUUACACCCCCUUCCUUAGGCUUCUAGUUGCUCAGAUGGGUCCACAGUGGAUGGAUCUUCUGACUUCAGACAGACUGGAACUGUGGGACAGUUUUUUCCUUGAGGGUCCUGCUGAUCAGGCUUUCUUAGUUUUAAUGGAGAGUUUUGGUAGAUCUGGGUUAUGUACCCGCCUGGAUCGAUGCGUUCUUGUGCUGGAGCGUUUUUUACAGCGAGGUUCUCUGGCUGGGGUGAUCUGGGAGGUCUGCCAGCAGAAUCUUGAAGCCAAUCACACCUCGAUCCUACAUGAAGCUAUCCUAGGGAGGAUCUGCAGCCUGCCUGAUCACCUGGCUAACUGCCUUCAGAAACGGAACAAACCCCUCUUCUACCCCAACAAUUACUACCCUCUGGUGGGCAGUGCCAUAUUACGUGUGCUACAGAUGGUGUCAGACUCCCUAAGAGAUGGGAAAGGAUGCUCCAUCUCAUUUGUAUCUCAGGUCCUGGGUAAAAUCUGCAUGCAGGGUCGGCACACGUCUUUUGGCAGGAAAGUCAUUCAGGCCACAAUGUCCAGCAAAUGGGAACUGCCAUCAUUUUGUUGCAUCUGUACUUCACAUGGACUCUCAGCUUGGAAGGAGAUGCUGCAGACAAUUUUGGGAUACCUGUCAAUGGAUGAAAGCCGCAGACCUCUUUUACUUAAGGUCCUGCAUGAGCUUCUGGAAGUCUGGUCAUCUGGCACCGUUGUUAAACAUUCCCCCCAUGCCCAGCACCUACAUCUUAGCCGUGCCAUUCUCAUCUGUCUGAGCCUUCUGAACCAGCAGGAACUGGGGAACUGCAAGCAGGAUUUGCUCUCUGCACUCACGUCUGGCACUCGUCAUUACCUGGACAGCUCUGUCCCCUCUAUAAGACAUUUGGGGAUGGUGGUUGCCGAAUGCCUGAGCCGUCACAUUGAUUCUCAGGCUCCCAGCCUAUCGUUCCAGUAUGAAGAAGACGAAGAGAUCAAAGAAUUGAAGUCUCUGCUGACGCCGCUUUGCGUUUGCCCACAAGAUGCUCCUACUAUAGAGAAGACUCCGAUAAAAAGCUCCCCAUCUAAAGUGAAAUCUGCCAAUAACACUAGCGUUGAAACUGGGUCCAAAUCUGAUUCUGAACUAGACAGUGAUGAUGACCUGGAACCUUAUGACAUGAGUGCGGACACAGAAAUGAAAAAGAGUAAAACACCAAAAUAUAUCCGCGAUUGUAUAGAAGUGCUGUUGUCAGACGACUUGGACAAGGUGGAGGUGACCUUGAAUUCACUAGUGGCUUUGAUCUGGGCAAAUCCUGUGGCUACCAAAGAGGUCAGCGUGGAGCUCACAAAGAUUCUCCUGCACUUGGAUGACAAACCUGGUGUGGAGCGUUUUGCUGAGCUGCGGUACAGCUCUCUGGUGGCCCUUACCGUUCUAGAUCCUGUGCCGGUUUCCCAGUAUCUUACUGGUGAAUUCUACGCUGUGAACUAUAGUCUUAGACAAAGGAUGGACAUUUUAGAUGUUUUAGCUUCUGCAGCACAGAACCUAUCAAAGAUAUCAACCCCGGCUCACACUUUAUCUUCGAAUAAAAGUCCCCAGAUUGUUACUAGUUCUCAGAAGCCAGAUUCACCAGUUGACUGGAAGAAGGUGGUGGAGGAGAGAAUUAAAAGCAAGACAAGGCGUUUUGCCAAGGGUUCAUCAGCACCUGCCCAAGUCUCUGUCCCAAAUCGUUUUCAUGCUGUAGCAGGACACUUCUUUUUCCCACUCAUUCAGAACUUUGACAGACCCAUGGUGACAUUUAACCUCCUGGGAGACGACCGUUUGGUUUUAGGAAGAAUGGUUCAUACACUUGGUAUCCUGAUGCAUCUUGCAUUACAUGCUACGAUUGCAUCUCAAAUGGGCAAAGCUCUCUUGGAAUUUGUCUGGGUUCUUCGCUUUCAUAUUGACUCAUUUGUUAGACAAGGUCUCCUUUUCUGCAUCUCUACUGUCCUGCUAAGUGUUCCAUGGGAACGGCUCAUGACGGACAUGUCAGAAGAGGUUCUGGAGAUGCAGUGUUGGCUGGCAGAUGUAGCUGAGAAAGACCCUGAUGAUGACUGCCGACGUCUAGCACUAAAUGGCCUUGUACUCAUGGAAAAGCUAAGGAACAACAUUAAAGGACCAACUGAAGACUAAUAAAAAAAAUGUAUUUUUAAUUUUAGCUAUUUGCCUAUUAGAUAAAACUUAUUUCCUAUGUUCUGAUCUGCUCAAGUGGUCCUGGUUUUUAUAGCAGUGACUCAAAAGCUCAUUACAACCAUUUAUUCCUCAGACCUCUAUUCCAAUUUGUCAGAUUAUCAGAUCUGGGCUUUCAUAUUCAAACUCAUUUCAGUCCAUUACAAUUUGUGUGCAAAGUGCAGGGUUUUUAAAUUUGAAUCCAUCCCAAAUGCUACAGCCACAAUCUCUUUUUAAACCCAAGCUUGGCUGCUUGCACAGCUUCUUUAAAUGUUAAAGUUUCUGUGCAUAUUUUUUGUUUUAAUAAGAAGAUGAAAAGGUAAUUGGAUGUGUUCUGCUAGCUCCCAGUAGGGUAUUGCUGUCCGUAGCUGACUGUGUUUAGCCCCUUUACAGCACAAUAAUAAACUUAUUUAAAACAUGAAACGUGUACCCAAAUCAAAUACAAUCAUCAGAUUCUUCAUUUAUGAUUAUACAUCGGAACAUAUUAACUGUAAUUUUACAGAAAAUUAUAUGAUAUUAUUAAUUGCUGUAAAGGGAAAAUUAUUGCAAAAAUCCCCUUGGAAAGUGAGUACCCCCCUGCUUCUUAAAUUUGCUUCUUUUUUCCUCAUGUAACUGUUAUGUAUUUUACUAUUAUUUUAUUUAAAUAGUUUUUAUUAUUCAGUUUUAAUGUUUGUAAAAUAUAUUUUUUUUGUAUAUUUUCAAACCAUAAAAGUAUUUUUUUUAAA